GAAGUUUUUUAUCUGUUGAUAAAAAUUUUUUGGUGUCGAAAAAAUUUCAAUGUUUCAUAAAAAAAUUCGAUAUGCUUAUCGUACGUAAGUGAUUAAUUACUACUAAACGCAUUCAAUUACACUUUCAACGUAAAAUGCUUCAUGUAUUGAAAUCAAAACUCAAAUUCAACGAAUCAAUUUUUGUAAUUUUUUAUAAAUUCUGGUAGUACUAUUAUUAUGUGAUGCAAUUUCCACGAAAUGAUACUUUAGAGUCUUCCGAAGAAUAUUUGCGAACGUACGUUAAUUGCAUUGUCAGUCAAUUGAUAGAAUUCGUAAAAUGCCUCGAGUUUUGCAUACUUUCGUCCGUAGUCGUCCUGUACCUAAUAUUAUGUCUCUCCUUGUACCUGAUUUUAUCCAACUUGGAUACUUUGAAUCGAUCGAGCAAAGGUAUCAAAUCAAAGCAGCGGAUUUUAUUCGUUACCAGCCAUCCCGAUGAUGAAUGCAUGUUCUUCGCGCCAGCUAUAUUAAAUCUAACCAGACAACCAGAUAAAAAUGUUUUUCUACUGUGUUUAUCCUGUGGUGAUUAUUACAAGCAAGGUAAAUUGAGAAAAGAAGAACUAUGGAGAAGUUGUGCCAUACUUGGUAUACCCGAAAGUAACAUUUUUUUACAAAAAGUUUCCGCGUUACCUGAUGAUCCGAAUGUGAAAUGGGAUGAAAAUGUGAUAUACAAUCUAGUAAUCAAUUAUGUAGAAUCGUUAAAAUUCGACGCAGUAGUUACAUUCGACAAAGAUGGAGUAAGUGGACACUCCAAUCACAAAUCAAUUUAUUAUGGAUUAGCCAACCCAGUCGCGAAUAAAGCUUUUCCAGAGCAUUGUUCAGUAUUUUGCUUAGAUUCGGUGAACAAAUUCAGAAAGUAUUCGAUUAUUUUUGAUUUAUUAUUGUCCAUCUGCUUCUCUUCCAAUUGGUUUCUUUUGUCUCCAUCUGAAUGCCGCCUUGUGAAGAAAGCUUUGCAUGCGCACAAAACGCAAUACUUAUGGUAUCGUAAGAUAUACAUUUGGAUCUCAAGAUAUGCUUAUAUGAACACUUAUUCGUUAUUAUGCGCAAACGAAGCAAUCUUUGAUAUCGAUUAUAGACAUUUAAGUAUUUAAUCACAAUUUUCAUCCUUUCUUUCUUUUCUUUUUUUUAAAAAUUAAAUACGUACUUUCACUAUUUUUUUUGACUUAUAAAGAUUCAAUUAUUGUGGGUAUUUUAUGUACGUUAUCUACUCGAAGAGUUACCUUCUUUAAUCACUUUCUUUAUAAUAAUUUUACCAAGUUAGAUUUUUUUUUCGAAAUAUAUUUGGUACAUUA